CCUGCGGGUCUGGCACUGACUCCGCGGAGCUCGGUCAGAGUUGGAGUGAGCGGCAGGACGGCAGGGACUGUCAGAACUGGCUGGUGUGAGGAAAACCCCACACACCUGGCGUUGGAUGAGUUGUGGGUGAAGACCUCUCAUGCCCCUCACUUCUUUAUUGCGGUAAAAUCUGCUUAACACAACAGGUCCCAUUCUAAGUGCCAAGUUCCACGGCAUUAAGCAGACUCAUGAUCUGUGUGAGUUUCACUGCCCUCCGUGUCCAGAGCUCUCUCGUCUUGCAGAGACAGAGCUCUGUCCCCACUGAAUGCAACUCCGGCCAGCAGCACACAAAAGACGUUCAUCACUGACCAUCAGGGAAAAGCAGAUCAGACUCACGAUGAGACAGCACCUCAUGCCCGCUAGGAUGAUGAGAAAACAGAAAAGGACCCGUGUGGGUGGGGAUGGGGAGAAACUGGAACCCUGUGCACUGCUGGUGGGAAUGAAAACUGGUGCAGCCCCUGUGGGCUGCAUGGUCCCUCAAAAACUUAAAAUAGAAUGACCAUAUGAUCCCACAAUCCCACUUCCAGGUUGUCUAUCCAGUAGAGUUGAAAGCCAGACCUCAAACGCAUAUUUGCACACGCAUGCUCAUUGCAGUGUUACUCACAGCAGCCACAUGUCCGUGGUGGUGAAUAGAUAAACAAAAUGUGGUCUGUCCAUCAGCAGAACGUCCUGUAGCCUUAAAAAGGAAGGAAAUCCUGAACAUGCUCCGACAUAGGUCAGCCUUGAGGACAUUGUGCUAAACGAAAUCAGCCCGUCCCCAGAAGACAAAGACUGUGUGAUUCCUCUUAAAUGAGGUACCUGGAGUUGUCCGAGCAGAAAAGAGAGUGGCGGGGAGUGGUGAGGAGUUUGGUGGCACAGAGUUUCCGUUUUGCAAGAUGAAAAAGCUCUGGAGACUUUCACACAACGACGUGACUGUACCUGUCGCUGUAGCACUGCUGAGCUUCAAAUGGUUAAGAUGGUACUACGGCGGGACUGAGUUCAUCGACGAGCUGGAGGUCCUCUGUCAGAAGCGAGCGCUGCAGCUCUAUGGGCUGGACCCCCGGUGCUGGGGCGUCAACGUCCAGCCCUACUCAGGCUCCCCCGCGAACUUCGCCGUGUACACCGCGCUGGUAGAGCCCCACGGCCGCAUCAUGGGCCUGGACCUGCCCGACGGGGGCCACCUGACCCACGGGUUCAUGACGGACAAGAAGAAAAUCUCCGCCACGUCCAUCUUUUUCGAGUCUAUGCCCUACAAGGUGAACCCGGACACCGGCUACAUCAACUAUGACCAGCUGGAGGAGAACGCCCGCCUCUUCCACCCAAAGCUGAUCAUCGCAGGAACCAGCUGCUAUUCCCGGAACCUGGACUACGCCCGGCUGCGGAAGAUCGCAGACGACAAUGGGGCGUAUCUCAUGGCCGACAUGGCGCACAUCAGCGGGCUGGUGGCGGCUGGUGUGGUGCCCUCCCCCUUCGAGCACUGCCACGUGGUGUCCACCACCACACACAAGACCCUGAGGGGCUGCCGCGCCGGCAUGAUCUUCUACAGGAAAGGAGUGCGCAGCGUGGAUCCCAAGACAGGCAGAGAGACUCAGUAUAACCUGGAGCCGCUCAUCAACUCCGCGGUGUUCCCGGGCCUGCAGGGUGGCCCCCACAACCACGCCAUCGCGGGGGUCGCCGUGGCUCUGAAGCAGGCCAUGACUCCGGAAUUCAGAGUCUACCAGCGCCAGUUGGUGGCCAACUGCAGGGCGCUGGCCGAGGCUUUGAUGGGACUGGGCUACAAGGUGGUCACAGGUGGUUCUGACAACCAUCUGAUCCUCGUGGACCUCCGAUCCAAAGGCACGGAUGGCGGCAGGGCCGAGAAGGUGCUGGAAGCCUGUUCCAUUGCCUGCAACAAGAACACGUGCCCAGGUGACAAAAGUGCACUGCGGCCCAGCGGGCUGCGGCUGGGGACCCCUGCGCUGACGUCCCGGGGACUUUUAGAAGAAGAUUUCCGAAAAGUCGCCCAGUUUAUUCACAAAGGGAUACAACUGACCCUGCAAAUCCAGGAUGCCGUGGGAGGCAGGGCCACCCUGAAGGAGUUCACGGAGAAGCUGGCGGGGGAAGAGGCGCACCGGCGGGCCCUGGGGGCUCUCCGGGCAGAGGUGGAGAGCUUUGCCUCCCUCUUUCCUCUGCCCGGCCUGCCUGACUUCUAGAGCUGACGUCCGAGGGCCCAGUGCCAUUCUGGGGCGCCACACGGAUGGUCAGCUCCCUCCAGCCCUCCGAGGGGCUUUUUUUCGACUUUGCUACGUUACCGUCUUCACAAGUCAAAAUUUAAGGCUCAUUGUUAGUAAUUCUGGGUUAAGUUAUUAGGGAGUUUAAAUUUGAACCUCAUUUUCUCACUGCUACAUAUAUAUGGUUACUCUGGAAAAAUGAAAUACAAUUUAGCCAUUCAACCUUAAUUAUCUAGACUGUAGAGCAGAGCAGAGCUACUGGGAAGGUUCCAGUAGUGUUACUCACUCUGCUCUUAAGAGUCCCUGGGCUUCCUCCAGACUCGCCACGGCAGAUAAGGAACAAAGUUGAGCUUGUAAAAGCCACAUGUUGACAGCUGUUCCCCAAAGGGGGGCUGAAUUAACGACCAUUGCAAUUGAGGUAGGAAAGUCCUGACCCUUCUGCCAUGUGCCUUUGAUCUGAAUCCCAAGUUACAAAGUCUAUUCCAGGUGCCACCCAGCUCGCUGGGAGUCCCUCUCUCCGCACCUGGGGACACAUGCAGUCCCCUGCCCCAGACCCCAAGACAGGUGGGCGAGCCGGGGGCUCUGUGCACGUCAGCCGGGGGCUUCCUGCCCAGUGCGAGGUGCCCACCCCCACCUCCUCUGUAGUCGGGAAGCCAGACGUCACCUUCCCACAGAAAUUUAUUUUUCAUAAAGCUGAAGUGCAAAACACGACCGUUUGUAAUAUGCACAAAUUUUAACCACGGAACAUCUACAAGAAUGAUAGCUUUAAAAAAUACAACCGACUUUUGUGUUUCAAAAAUAGCUUAACUCAAAUAAAUUAAUUUCUUUAAAAGUA